AUGGUGAAGAUAACAGGCUUUCUCACGCGAGACGUGAGGUUUCCUACUUCUCUCGACAAAACCGGCUCUGAUGCCAUGAACGCUGCCGGCGACUACUCCUCCGCAUACUGCAUUCUCAAGACCGAUUCACAAUACGAGGGUCAUGGAAUGACAUUCACAAUUGGUCGUGGCAACGAAAUCGUCUGCGCCGCCAUUAGCACCAUCGCACCGCUCAUCGUAGGCAAAGAUCUCGACGAAAUCACAUCCGACUGGGGCAAGACAUGGCGCUAUCUCGUCUCAGACAGUCAAUUACGCUGGAUCGGACCCGAGAAGGGGGUUAUUCAUCUCGCUCUCGGCGCCGUGGUCAAUGGUCUCUGGGACCUAUGUGCCAAAACACUCAAUAAACCCGUCUGGCGCAUUGUGGCGGAUAUGACUCCCGAAGAAGUGGUGCGAUGUAUCGAUUUUAGAUACAUCACUGACGCCUUGACGCCUGAAGAAGCGAUUGCUCUGCUCAAAGAAGUUGAACCUACGAAACAGGAUCGGAUCAGAGAUGCGGAGCAGAACAAAGCUGUGCCUGCGUAUACGACGAGUGCGGGUUGGCUGGGAUAUUCGCAUGAGAAGUUGAGAGCGUUGUUGGAUCAGAGUGUCAGGGAUGGGUUUAAGCAUUUCAAGUUGAAGGUUGGUGGGAAUUUGGAGAAUGAUAAGAUCCGAUUGGGGAUUGCGAGGGAGGCUAUUGGGUAUGAUAAGGGAAAUGUGUUGAUGGUGGAUGCUAAUCAGAUCUGGUCUGUCCCUGAAGCUAUUGAGUACAUGAAGGAGCUAGCCCAGUUUAGACCCUGGUUUAUUGAAGAACCUACUUCCCCCGACGACGUCCUCGGCCACGCGGCCAUCCGCAAAGCCCUCGCGGACACCCCCUACGGCACCGUCGGCGUCGCAACGGGCGAAAUGUGUCAAAACCGAGUAAUGUUCAAACAAUUCCUCCAAGCCGGCGCACUCACCGUCCUACAACCGGACGCCUGCCGCGUCGGCGGCGUCAACGAGUGUCUCGCAAUCUUACUUUUGGCGCGCAAAUUCGGUAUCCCCAUCGUUCCUCACUCCGGUGGUGUCGGACUACCUGAAUACACGCAACACUUGAGCACGAUUGACUAUGUCGUGAUUAGUGGUAAGAAGAGUCUGUUGGAGUAUGUGGAUCAUUUGCAUGAGCAUUUUGAGCAUCCGGCGAAGGUCAAAGAUGGGUAUAUUGUGACUCCGACGGAGCCGGGGUAUAGUGUGCAGAUGAAGGCGGAUAGCAUGGAUGAAUAUGCGUUCCCGGGAGAGAAGGGGAAGAGUUGGUGGACGACGGAUGCUGCGAAGGUUAUUUUGGAGGGGCCACGUAUUUGA